AUGGUUAAAUCAAAACAUGAUGUUAUAACACCAAUUGAACAAUCAUUUUUAUCUGAUUCAAAAUUUUAUAUAAAAAAUUGUAAUACAUUAGAUAGUCUUCUUUAUCCAUUAGCACAAUCGAAAGUAACAUCACACGAAUCAAAUUCUAAUGAUGAAAAUGAUCAACAAAUUUCUCAAACUGAAAAAUUACUUAUUAUUCGUCUAUUACCUCCAGAACAUUUUAUUAAUGCAUUAUCUCACUAUGUUAUUGAACAAUUUGAUUUAAAUACAACUCAAAUAAAUGAUUAUGAUUUUCAAGAUGUUAAUAUUAUUACAUUACCAAAUAUUCCUGUUAAAUGA